AUGCUAAAACAAAAUACCUCUUUAUUAGCCAAUAGAAAUAUUAGAAGCAUGUCUACUUUCACUGUUGGGUGUAGAUAUGGUUCUCCAUUUCAUUCACUAGCGUCACGCUUAUAUAUUCCUAUAGCAAAUAAAAAUAAUAGUAUAAUCAGACAAAAAAACAUAGUACCAAGUACAAAUUUCGUAAUGAUUAAAAGGCUCUAUUCAGAAAAAAGCACCACGUCGACUAAUGGUAUGAAUGUACCUAAAGAAAUUAUCGAUUUACCACUAAACACAUAUCACAACGAAGCUGACAAGAUUCUCGAUUCGAUUUUUGAACAAUUGGAGAUACUAAGUGAGGAUUAUCCUGAAUUAAUCCCUGAAGUAGAACUAGAGCAUGGUGUUAUGACAUUGAAAUUGGCAAAAUUGGGUCCAUAUGUGAUUAAUAAACAACCACCGAACAAACAGAUUUGGCUUGCCUCCCCAGUUUCAGGACCAAAUAGAUUUGAUUUUUAUCAAAAUGAAUGGAUUUCUUUAAGAAAUAAUAUUAAACUUAUAGAUCUGUUAAACAAGGAAGUAAAAAUGGCGAUGCCAGGACAUGAUAUAACUAUUUCAAAAGCAAUUGAAUAUUAA